AUGACGGCAACGCGCAUCCAAAGGACGCGCCUGGCACUACUGUCACUUUUGCUGCUGCCAUGGAGGACCGUCCUAGGCGACGACGGCAGAGACGGCGACGACAGUGCAGGCGACCCCCUCUACUUGACGCCACUCAUUAACAGCGGGCGCCUGAACGAGGCGCGAUCCCGCAGUCAGACGGGUCGCAUCGGCGGUGACGAGCUGGGAUUCGUGCUGGGCUACUCGGGCUACCUGACCGUCAACAGAGAAUUCAACAGUAACCUGUUCUUCUGGUUCAUCCCGGCACUGGAACGGCCAAGCGAGGCGCCCGUGCUGGCGUGGCUGCAGGGGGGUCCAGGUUCGUCAUCCCUGCUGGGCUCCUUUGCCGAGCACGGCCCGUACGCACUUGUGGGAAGUGAUCCCCCCGUGCCCGCGCGGCGCUCGACCACGUGGACACGAUUCUUUUCGAUGCUGUACGUGGACGAACCGGUAGGCGCCGGUUUCAGCUUCACCGAGUCUGAGCGAGGAUAUGCGCGCAACUUGACAGAUGUGGCCCGAGACAUGCUUGAGUUUCUGCAGCAGUUCUUCACGCUCUUCCCAGAGUACGCCAAGAGGGACUUCUACGUGACGGGCGAAUCCUUCGCCGGAAAGUUCGUCCCGGCCACAGCAUUUGCCCUACACGAAGCGGGUGACUCGCUGCGCGUCAAGAUCAAGCUUAAGGGCAUCGCCUUCGGCAACGGGUUGACGGACCCGCCAAGCAUGAUAGACUUUGGCGGCCGCUUGUACCAACUGGGCCUUGUCGACCGGAAGCAGGCCGCCCACUUCGACCAAAAGAGAGACGUCGCUCUGAGCCUCAUCAAUGACGACCGCUAUUACGAGGCCGCAUUCGUCGUCAACAACCUCAUCUACAAUCUGCCCAACGACUACUAUAACCUGACUUCCGCAUACUUUAACCACGUGACUGGCUAUGAGAGUUACUACAACAUGCUCACGAUCAAUGAUCCUCCGGCUGUCGCAUCGUACGGGGACUUCGUCCAGACGCCGGCGGUGCGGCGAGCCCUUCACGUUGGUGAAAACGCGUUCCGAGACCGGAAGGACGUUGUGACCCACAUGAUAGGCGACAUCAUCAAGUCGGCAAAAUCUUACAUGCCGGUGCUGAUGGAAAACUACAAGGUCCUGAUGUACAGCGGUCAGCUCGACAUUGCCGUGCCGUACACCGCCACGGCGCAAUUCGUGGCGACGAUUCCUUGGUCCGGGGCCGAGGCUUUGUCCGCUGCACCGCGCAAAAUUUGGCGCCCGUCUUCCGAGUCGUGGUGGCGAACAUCGGACUCUAAUUCUGUGGUGUUCGGCUACACGCGACGCGCGAAAGGGUUCAGAGAAGUCAUGAUACGUAACGCAGGUCAUUUCGCGCCGCACGACCAACCUGAAGCAAGCCUGGACAUGAUGACAAGGUUCAUUUUCGACUUACCAUUCGCCGAUGGCGAAGACGUAUCCCAAAAGUAAGCUGUCUAGACGCUACUGUCGGGAGGCGCAACACAAAGAAGCAAUAAACAUUUUUGUUAAAGUA